GCUAGUUUUCGCACACAGAAUGAUAAAGAUUUGACAACGGUGCCCAGGGGGCUGUCUGUCAAAAUUAUAUAUUUAGAGGGAUUUCCACGCUUGAAUUGCCGUUUAAACCGCCAAGAAAUUCGGCCAAACAUUCCAGUAACAUAAACAAGAAUGUCAGGAAUCGCAUCAGCCAGAUUAGCGCAAGAACGGAAAGCGUGGAGGAAGGAACAUCCAUUUGGCUUUGUCGCUCGUCCUGUGAAAAACGCCGACGGUUCCUUGAAUCUAAUGAACUGGGAAUGUUCAAUUCCCGGCAAGAAAGGCACAGCUUGGGAAGGUGGCCAUUACAAACUUCGCAUGAUCUUUAAGGAAGACUAUCCAAGCAGCCCACCGAAAUGCAAAUUUGAACCACCACUGUUUCAUCCCAAUGUGUAUCCAUCGGGCACUGUGUGCUUGUCACUGUUAGAUGAGGAGAAAGACUGGAGGCCAGCGAUCACUAUCAAGCAAAUUUUACUUGGUAUUCAAGAUUUGUUGAAUGAGCCUAAUGUUAAAGACCCUGCACAAGCUGAAGCAUACACUAUUUAUUGUCAAAAUCGUCUGGAAUACGAAAAAAGAGUAAGGGCACAGGCAAGAGCAAUGAGUCAACCUGAUGUCUAAUUGAGACAGAAAUUCUGAUUCCAAGUGAGGUAAUCUAUCAGCCCCAUUUAUAACCAAGUAUUUGAAUAAGAUUAUUUCCUAAAUCUGCGUAAGAAAUUGUCAAUGUCCAAUUUAAAAAAGAUUUAGGUAGUUUGUGAACUUUUUAGAAUAAUUGUGUUUAACUGAAGUAUUUAUAUUUCUAACAUUUCAUAGUUUAUGGUAUUUCUCAUGUUUUAUACAAUAAAUAUUUUGAAAAAGGG